UUUAGACGUAACCAUGUUGAGGAUCGUAAGCCUGGCAGUGACUUUGGCCGUGUGUGUGGCACGACCCAACCAAUGGGACGACCAGCUAGGGCUCUUCCCUGCUGACGGCGGGGACUCUCAGCCCAUCUUGCCUCGCGCCGUCGCCAACCCUACCACGCCCAACCAGAUACUCGACGCAGUGCUUGAAGGAGCUAUCGCAUACAUGGAAACUCUAGGAUGGUGUGACUCCAAAAACGUGCAGAACGGAGAGUCAAACCUGCCCUUCCAAGUUAACUCUGACGGAAGCAGCUCCGAGAACUUCAGCAUCACUAAGGCCAACGUGACUGGACUCUGCUCCCUACGCCGCUCCAAGUCCGCUUCCUUCAACGCUGAUCAGAGUGUGCUCACCGGUUCGGUUGUGGUAGAAAACGCUCGUGCCAACGCCGACUACACGGUAACCUUUGCCGGUGUUGGAGAAGCUCCAGCACAGACCGUUUCUGGUCAAGUCGUAGAGCGUGUGGACAAGCUGUUCGCUGAUAUCCAGAUCAACUUGGAAAACCUUGUGCCUCAGAACAUCGCCAGCUACACUGCAAGAUCGGGUCAUGACCUGCUUGAAAGUGCAAGCAACUUGGACGGCAAUAAUAUGAAGGAUGUUCACAGCGCCGGCUUCAGGAAGGCUUUGCGAGAGAUCGUGGAGAAAACCAUGUCUUCCAACGUGAAGGUGCAGAUUAACAAGUCCAUCCAGGAUAUGAAGAAUGCUUGAUCUUCCAACGUGGUGAUGAAAUUAUGAGUGUACGGAGAGACAAAUAAAGACUAGCAAUCAUGAAC